CUCGUUCACUCAGCUCAUUCCGUUUAUUGCGCUGCCGCACGACACACAGACGACACACAUCUCACACAUUCAAUCUAUGAAUCCUGGAGAAAAACCAACAUGUCAACGAAAGCAGAGCAAUUUGGCUCUAAGAUUCGAUACUUGCAAGAGUAUCACAACCGUGUGCUUCACAAUAUAUACCCAGUGCCAUCGGGAACAGACAUUGCAAAUACUCUGAAAUACUUUUCCCAAACCCUGCUCAGCGUCCUGUCCCGUACAGGCAGGAAGGAGAGCCAGGAAGCUUCCAAUUUGGCCGUGCCCAUGACCAUGUGUCUUUUUCCUGUGCCAUUCCCACUCACCCCAUCUCUAAGACCACAAGUCAGUUCCAUCAACCCUACAGUUACUCGAUCCCUCCUUUACAGCGUUCUGCGGGACGCCCCGGCCGACCGGGGUGCUGCCCCCCAGCAGAGUCGGGAGGUUCAGCUCUCAGAAUAUCCCUCAUUGGACUAUCAGGGCCUCUAUGCCACCCUCGUCACCUUGCUUGACCUGGUGCCCAUGCUGCAGCAUGGUCAACACGAUCUGGGACAGGCCAUAUUUUACACUACAACCUGCCUUCUGCCUUUCCUCAGUGAUGAUAUUCUCAGUACUUUGCCCUACACCAUGAUCUCUACUUUAGCCACCUUCCCUCCGUUCCUGCACAAAGAUAUCAUCGAGUACCUGAGCACAUCCUUCAUCCCCAUGGCCAUACUGGGUUCAACUCGAAGAGAGGGUGGCGUUCCAGCAUACAUCAAUCUGUCUGCAUCCUCCAUGCUGAUGAUCGCCAUGCAGUACACUUCAAAUCCAGUUUACCACUGUCAGCUUCUGGAGUGUCUGAUGAAAUACAAACAAGAAGUGUGGAAGGAUCUCCUGUAUGUCAUAUCUUAUGGGCCAUCACAAGUCAAACCUCCCACUGUUCAAAUGCUCUUUCAUUAUUGGCCCAACCUGAAGCCUCCAGGUGCCAUCAGUGAGUACAGAGGACUUCAGUACACGGCCUGGAACCCUAUUCACUGUCAACACAUUGAGUGCCAGAACUCCAUUAACAAACCUGCUGUAAAGAUGUGUAUCGAUCCAACGCUCUCGGUCGCUCUGGGUGACAAACCGCCUCCUCUAUACAUCUGUGAAGAAUGCAGUCAGAGGUUAGCUGGUGAUCAUGCCGAGUGGCUUGUCGAUGUGCUUUUACCACAAGCUGAAAUUUCUGCUAUAUGUCAGAAGAAGAAUUGCAGCUCUCAUGUCCGGCGGGCCGUCGUCACCUGCUUCUCAGCUGGCUGCUGUGGUCGCCAUGGCAACCGGCCUGUGCGCUAUUGCAAACGUUGCCAUGUCAACCACCACAGCAGUGAGGUGGGGGCAUCAGCAGAGACUCAUCUGUACCAGACGUCUCCCCCGCCCAUCAACACAAGAGAGUGUGGAGCAGAGGAGCUGGUGUGCACUGUGGAGGCUGUGAUCAGUCUGUUGAAAGAGGCUGAGAUCCACGCAGAACAGCGAGAGUUUGAGCUGAACAGACGUCGUCAGAUGGGCUUGUCUACAUCCCAUCAUUCCCUUGACAACCUGGAGUUUGACAACAAAGAGGAUGACCAGCACGACCAGAGAUUACUCAGUCAGUUUGGCAUCUGGUUUCUGGUGAGUCUGUGUACGCCCAGUGAGAACACGCCCACAGAGAGUCUGGCGCGGUUGGUCAGCAUGGUCUUCCAGUGGUUUCACUCCACGGCUUACAUGAUGGACGAUGAGGUGGGCAGUCUGGUGGAGAAACUCAAACCUCAGUUUGUCACCAAGUGGUUGAAGACGGUUUGUGACGUGCGCUUCGAUGUCAUGGUCAUGUGUCUGCUACCCAAACCGGUUGAGUUUGCCAGAGUGGGGGGUUACUGGGAUAAGUCCUGCACUACAGUAACACAACUGAAGGAAGGAUUGAACCGCAUUCUGUGUUUGAUUCCUUAUAACGUCAUCAGUCAGCCGCUGUGGGAGUGUUUCAUGCCCGAGUGGUUAGAGGCCAUCCGCACGGAGGUACCCGACCAUCAGCUGAAGGAGUUCAGAGAGGUUCUAAGUAAAAUGUUUGACAUAGAAUUGUGUCCGCUGCCCUUUUCCAUGGAGGAGAUGUUUGGAUUUAUCAGCUGCAGAUUCACUGGAUAUCCAGCGUCUGUACAAGAACAAGCUCUGCUCUGGCUUCACGUUCUGUCUCAGCUGGAUAUCGUGGUUCCUCUGCAGUUGCUCAUUAGCAUGUUUUCUGAUGGUGUUAACUCACUAAAGGAACUGGCCAAUCAGAGAAAGGCACGGGCUACAGACAGUUCUGGACAUGCAGGACCCAGGAGGGUGAGUGUUGUGUCAGACCCCGGCAGAAGAGGGCAGCACAAUAAUCUGAGUCCGUUUCCCAGUCCCUUCCGUAGUCCCUUCCGCAGUCCUCUACACUGCAGUCCAUUUAAGAAUCUGGGUCACGCGGCGGGGAACUGCGCUCUGGAUCUGGACUGUGACGAUGACGAGAUUAACCUGAGCUGUUUCAUUCUCAUGUUCGAUCUCAUCCUCAAACAGAUGGAGCUGCAGGAUGACGGAGUGUUGUUGGGUUUGGAGGGCAGCGUGGGUAGGGACACGGUGUCCAUUAUAAACAGUGUGUUACAGGCGCCGUGGGGGGGGUCUCACACCUGUCAGAAAGAGGAGAAACCCAUGGAGUGUAACCUGUGUCAGUCCAGCAUCCUGUGUUAUCAGCUGGCAUGUGAUCUGCUGCAGAGAUUGACACCACGUCAACAGAUACGAUUGGUGGAACCGUCCGAGUGUCUGGAAGAGAGUUUGGUUUUUCCUCAAGCGGAGUUCACUCUGAGAUCAGACAAUGGAGGAUCUGAAGAAGACACAGAAAACCCUAACAGUCCUGAUCCUUCACCUGAAAUCCCACCAUUGAGAAACAGUCUGGACAGAAAGUUCUCCUACCUUCAGCUACCAGCUUCUCUUAAACUGCUCUACACCAUACUGGAGGAGAUGACUAAGUUUGAGGAGCCAGACAUUCUGUUCAACAUGUUGAGCUGUCUGAAGAUUCUGUGUUUACAUGGUGAAUGUCUGAUUCGCGCCAGAAAAGAUCACCCCACAUUUCUGUCUUACAUACAGGAGAAAAUGCUCAUUCCCAGUUUGUGGUGUAUGUUAAAGUCAGAGGUUUGUCAGCUGGCGUCUCUGGCCGUCCCUCAGCUCCUGCACGCUCUCUCUCUCUCUCAUGGUGCUGAUAUCUUCUGGAGGUUGGUGGACAGCAGCUUCAACAGCAAAGACUGGAAGAUUCGCUUUCAAGCAGUGGAGCGAGUGGCGGUCCUGUGCCGGUUUCUGGACAUCGGUUCAGUUACGAAGAGUCAUGUGUUGAAAUAUUCUCUGGCCCACGCCUUCUGCUGUUUUCUGGCCAGUAUCGAGGACGUGAACCCCGCUGUGGCAACCAGAGCUCGACUUCUAUUGGACACCAUCAAACGUCCGUCACUGCAGGGUCUGUGUCUGUGUCUGGAUUUUCAGUUUGAUACGGUGGUCAGAGACCGGCCCAUCAUCCUCAGCAAACUGCUGCUGCUUCAUUCUCUCAAACAUGAGAUUCCUGCUCUCAGCUGGGAGUUCUUCGUCAAUCGAUUCGAGACGCUCUCGCUGGAGGCUCAACUCCAUCUCGACUGCAAUAAAGACUUUCCUUUCCCUACAACCAUCACUGCUGUGAGGACAAAUGUGGGUAACCUCAGUGAUGCGGCUCUGUGGAAGAUCAGACGCGCUCGCUUUGCUCGUAAUCGUCAGAAGAGCGUCCGAUCUUUACGGGACAGCGUCAAGGGUCCUUCUGAGUCCAAGAGGACGCUGUCUCUCCCUGAAACGCUCUGUAAUAAACUGUCUCUCAGACUUACAAGACAAGAGCAGUCAGCACCCACCCUGGGAAAUAUGCUUGAGAAAGUCCUUACAGAUGAGAGCACUUCUCCAGAGGACGACUCCAUCAUUAAAGAUCUGAUGGCAGAAGAUGCAGGUAUAGACCAUCAGACCGUCCAUCAGCUCAUCAUGGUGUUGAUGAAGUUCAUGGCGAAAGACAGAAGCAGCGCAGAGGCGGACAUCGGCAGCGCCAAAGCCUUCAACACGGUCAAGAGGCAUCUGUACGUGCUGCUGGGAUACGAUCAGCAGAUGGGAUGUUUCAUGAUCACCCCUCAGAAAAUGCGCUCCUCCACCUGCUUCAACGCUUUCAUUGCAGGAAUCUCUCAGGUGAUGGAUUAUAACAUUGGUUUGGGUAAGCAGCUGUUGCCGCUGGUGGUGCAGGUGUUGAAGUAUUGCACGUGUCCUCAGCUCCGGCCAAACUUCCAGGAGCCUCCGCGCUGCUCACUGUGGGCUCUUAAACCUCACAUCAGACAGAUGUGGCUCAAAGCUUUACUCGUCAUCCUUUAUAAGUAUCCGUACAGAGAUAUGGACAUGAGUAAAGAGGUGGUGCUUCAUCUGAUCCACAUCACCAUCAACACACUGAACGCUCAGUAUCACAGCUGCAGGUCACAUGUGUCCGCCGGGCCACUCUACAGCGAUAACUCAAACAUCAGCCGCUAUAGUGAGAAAGAGAAAGAAGAAGACAGCGUGUUUGAUGAAUCUGACGUCCACGACACUCCAACGGGGGCAGGCAGUAAGGAAUCGCAGACCUUCUUCGCUCGACUCAAAAGAAUCGGGGGCAGCAAGUCGGUGAAGUAUCAGCCCGUGGAGCUGAACGCUCAGAGGAGUGACAUCGAGCUGGCCGAAUACAAGGAGGGCGGCGCGCUGCAGGACGCUCUGCUCUAUCCCGCCAGAGACGACUGCCUCAGCAGCAGCAAGAAAAAGAGACUGCAGGCCAUGCACAAGCAGAAGUCUCUGGACAUCAGCAACACAGACUCCAUUCUCUUCAAUCUGGACGAGCACCGUCGAAAGUCCUGCAUCGACCGCUGUGACCUACAGGGACCUGCGGCGGUACACCCAUCAUCUUCUUCGUCUGUCUCCAGACACCAACACAGAGCUCAGCGGCACACAAAAGACUCUUCUAAUGGACACUCCGCCGUAGAUCAAAGAGGCUCCGCCGCACCCAACGACAACGUCAGGCCCAUCAUCCCCGAGGUGCGUCUCAGCUGUAUGGAGACGUUUGACGAUAAAUCCGAUGGGCCGGACUCACCGCUGACCGCGCCGGCCGGACCUCCGUGUGACAAAGAGGAUCCGGACCUCAUAGAUCUGUCCUCGGACUGCACGUCUAUACCUGAAAAACACUCCAUUAUCUCUCUCUCUGAUAGCGACUCGCUAGUGUUUGAGCCUCUGCCUCCUCUGCGCAUUGUUGAGAGCAACGAGGACUUGUUUGAGGCGCUCAAACUCCCCGGCGGUGUCCUGAGCAAACCCCAAGAACCCUUUAUCAGCACGGUACACCUGUCUCCAGUAGUUCAGGUCAGCGUCGAGGAACGCUCCGACCGAGAUAACCGGAGCUGUGCACCAGUCCUGGAGAACCUUGGACAUCCUGCGACAGCAUCUCUGGAGCUUCCCAACUCCACGCCUCAUCCAGAAAACACCAUGACCCUAAAACAAAAGCGAGAUCUUUUCAGAAAGACCUCGCAUGUUCCCAACGCGUCUUUAGAUGAGUCUUAUGUGCAGCCUGACAGUAGACUCGUCUUUACCCUGGAGUCUCUGGAUCCUUUAAAGGCGGAAGAAGCCACAGGAGCUUCCCGAGAGGAGGACAAUGAUGAGAUGGAUGAGAGAGACAGUGAACCCAAACCCGACGAUGAGAGCGAUGAGACUGAAUUUAAGAUCCAGAUUGUGCCGCGUCAGCGCAAAGAAAGGAAGAUCGCUGUCAGUGCCAUCCAGAGAGAAUAUCUGGACAUCACUUUCAACACACUGGACAAAAUGACAGAGUCAGUGACAGAACCACCUCAGUCAUCAGAUCAGAAAUCUCUGUCCGAUCUGGAGAAGACCAGAGAAUCAGCAUCUGCUCCAGCGCUGGAAGCCACCGUCCCUGAGACCAGUCAUCGCUCUUCAGUGUCCACUCAGUAUCGUCCGGUGAAGCGGGGAUCUCUUGGUGCGGUCCCCAUGUGUCAGUUAAUGAAGAGGCAGUUAGAACAUCAGUCCAGCGCUCCACAGAACAUCAGCACAUGGGACACGGGUCUUACAAAAACCAGUCUGCUCUCAGCUCCCAGCACCGCCAGCAUGUUCGUUCCUUCACCUGAAGACUUCAGUGAUGAGCAGCCCGCCACUAUGAGCGACAGGUGUCGGGAUUGUGGGGCAGUUCUUGAGGAGUACGAUGAGGAGACUUUAGCUCUUGCCGUGGUUGUUCUCUCCAUGUUUAUUCAUCUGAGUCCUGACCUGGCCGCUCCGCUCCUGUUGGAGAUCAUGCAGUCUGUGGGCAGGUUGGCCUCUAGCUCCAAUUUCACCGGCCAGGCUGAAAGUAUGUUGAUACCUGGUAAUGUCGCUGGCGUGGCCAAGCAGUUCCUGCGCUGUGUUCUUCAUCAGCUCGCUCCCAACGGCAUUCUGCCACAACUCUUCCAGAGCAACAUUAAAGAUGGAAGUUUCCUGCGCACGCUGGCCACGUCUCUAAUCGAUUUCAAUGAGCUGAGCUCUAUAGCAGCACUAAAUCAACUCCUGGAGGGCUUAAACACUAAGAAGACUCUACCAGCAGGGGGCACAAUCCUACACUGUCUGGACAACAUCGCCACCUUCAUGGAAACUCUUCCCAUGGAUUCUCCCAGUAACCUCUGGACAACCAUCUCCAAUCAGUUCCAGACUUUUAUCACUAAACUACCUGCUGUUCUGCCACUCAAGUGCCCCUUGGACUCCAGUCUGAGAAUAAUCAUUUGUUUGCUGAAGAUUCCUGUGACGAAUGCGACCAGAAGUCUUCUGGAGCCCUUCUCUAAACUCCUGAGUUUUGUCAUCCAGUAUGGGGUUUUCAGUCUCUCGUAUAUUGUAGAGCUCUGUGGUCUAUGCUACAAAACCUUUAGCAAGGAGAGAGACAAGUACUACAUGACUCGUGUUGUUGUUCUGGAGUUACUUCAAGCUUUGAAAUUCAAGUCAUCCAUUCCUGACACAAACCUGCUGCUGUUGGUUCAGUUUGUGUGUACAGACAUCAGUACGAGGUUGGCUGAAUCCACCAUUCUCCAGAAGCACAUGAUCGCUGCACUGCCGGGGUGCACCACCGCUGCUAUGGAGUGUUUACGACAAUAUCUCAGUGAACUCUUAGACUUCAUUGCAGACAUGCACACGCUCACCAAACUAAAGAGCCACAUGAAAGCAUGCUGUCAGCCGCUGCACGAAGACACGUUCGGAGGGAAUCUGAAGGUCGGUCUGAGUCAGAUCGCAGCCAUGGAGGUCAGCAAAGGCAACCAUAGAGACAACAAAGCAGUUAUUCGCUUUCUGCCGUGGCUUUAUCAUCCUCCUUCUGCUAUGCAGCAGGGACCUAAAGAGUUCAUUGAGUGUGUGUCGCACAUUCGGCAGCUCUCUUGGCUUCUGCUGGGCUCUCUUACCCACAGUGCUUUGCAUCAGGGCUCCACCUCCUGUAUGCCCAUUCCAAUGGACGCCGGAUGUCACAUUGCUGAUCAUCUCAUUGUCAUCCUCAUUGGAUUCCCAGAACAAUCCAAGACGUCAGUUCUGCACAUGUGCUCGCUCUUUCAUGCCUUCAUGUUUGCUCAGCUGUGGACCAUCUACUGUGAGCAGGCCUCAACCGUUCCCACCAAUCAGAACCAGAACGAGUUUUCUUCUAGUGCCAUCCUCACAGGUCUGGAGUUCUGGAGCCGUGUGACCCCCAGUAUCCUUCAGCUGAUGGCGCACAACAGAGUGAUGGUUGAAAUGGUGUGUUUGCAUGUCAUCAGUUUAAUGGAAGCUUUGCAAGAGUGUAACUCAACCAUUUUUGUAAAACUAAUUCCUAUGUGGCUGCCAAUGAUUCAGUCCAAUCUGAAUCAUCUGUCGGCGGGUCUUCAGCUGCGUCUACAAGCGAUUCAAAACCGAGUAAAUCAUCAGUGUCUACAGAGUCCCGGCUCUUCAUCGUUCUCUCUCACUCUGCGCAAGUGGCUUCAGUGCACUCAAUUUAAAAUGGCUCAAGUAGAAAUCCAGUCAUCUGAAGCAGCUUCUCAGUUCUACCCAAUGUGAACUUUACUAUCUGCUGGAGAUCUGCUGUAUCAUCACUCGUGUAUUGUUCUUAUAAAGCUGACAUAUAUAUGGAAAUAAUAUUUUGGUUAUUGAUCAUGAAUGAAUGAGCGUGAUGAAGCAGACUGAAGUGUGCUGGAUGUGCAUAUCAAACACAAUUCAACAAAUAUACUAUAGACAUUUUUUAGCUUUGUUAAAUAUUUGUGAUUUUUAAACAUAUUUGUUCCGUCUACUUGUAUUGCUUGUUGCAAUGUUUGAAACUGGUUUCAACUGACAUCAGCUGUAUAUCCUAACCAUACACAAUGUAUUUCAAAUAAACUGCUUCCUUUCUAUCA